AUGACUACCUCACACAUUCUACAUCUGAGACCAACUUUAGCUUUUCGACUUGGGCAUUUACCAGUUGUGGGAAGAUCGACCAGCAAAUAUUUCGCUACCCUAACGAAAAAACAGAAAGAGCAUUUAGCAGAUGGACCAGAUCUUGCUGAUUUUAUACAAGAUCCGAACUUAGCCAAAUUUCCUCCGAAUAUUGUAAAAAAGAAAGGUGAAAGAUUGCGUCUACCUCGUUGGCUGAAAACGGAAAUUCCUCUUGGCAAAAGCUACACCAAUAUCAAGUCUCAGCUUCGGAAUUUGGAGUUGCACACUGUUUGUGAAGAAGCCAAGUGUCCAAAUAUUGGAGAAUGUUGGGGAGGAGAGAAAGGAACUGCUACAGCCACAAUCAUGGUCCUUGGGGAUACAUGUACAAGAGGUUGCCGUUUCUGUUCAGUAAAAACUGCACGCUACCCUCCUCCACCCGAUCCUGAGGAACCUACAAAAACCGCUAAAGCCAUUGCAUCCUGGAAUCUCGACUACAUUGUCAUGACUUCAGUUGACCGAGACGACCUGCCUGAUGGAGGGGCAGCCCAUUUUGCAAAGACUGUACAGCAGGUAAAGAAAGAAAAGCCCUCCAUCUUGGUCGAGUGUCUCACUCCAGAUUUCCGGGGUGACUUGCAGGCAGUUGAAGUUGUGGCUAGGUCAGGUCUGGAUGUUUAUGCCCACAAUGUGGAAACGGUGCAGGAAUUCCAGUGGCUGGUCCGUGAUCCCCGGGCCAAUUAUAAUCAAUCCCUUUCUGUCUUGGAACAUGCAAAAAAAUGCAGUCCAAACCUAGUGACAAAAACAUCAAUCAUGUUAGGAUUCGGGGAGACUGAUGACCAGAUCCUAAAAACUAUGAAAGACUUGCGAGAUAUUGAUGUGGACUGUUUGACUCUUGGUCAGUAUAUGCAACCGACCAAACGUCAUAUACGUGUGCAGGAAUAUGUUCACCCCGACAAAUUUAAAUACUGGCAAGAGGUUGGGGACAAACUGGGUUUUGCAUACACUGCCAGUGGGCCUUUGGUACGUUCUUCCUACAAGGCUGGCGAAUUUUUCUUGAAGAACUUGGUAAAGAAAAAAACAGAAUCUGCCUAA